AUGGAAAACAACAACAUCAGCACAGUCUUCCUUGUUGGAUUUCAGAAUCUACACAGCUACAAAUACUCUCUCUUCUGCCUGUUAGUCUUGACAUUUUGUGUGUCAAUAUGCGGGAAUGCUCUAAUUCUUACGCUAGUGUCCUACAGCAAGAACCUGAAAUCUCCCAUGUACUUCUUCCUCACUCAGCUCUCCAUAUGUGACAUCAUGCUGAGCAUUGACAGUGUACCAGUCACCCUCCAUGUUGUUGUAGAGGAAGGAGGAACCAUUUCUUUGGUGGGAUGUAUCCUUCAGUACACAUUCUUUGUUUUCUCGGAAGCUUCAGAGUGUCUUAUUUUGACGAUGAUGUCCUAUGACCGGUAUUUGGCCAUCUGUAACCCAUUACAUUAUACUUCAAUAAUGGGAGAUAAGCUUCGUUGGAAAUUGUCGAUAAUCUCUUGGACGUCAAGUUUUAUUUAUUUUCUCAUUUUCUAUUCAAGCAUUAGUAGCCUAAACUUCUGUGGACCAAAUAUUAUUGACCAUUUCUUCUGUGAUCUUGCUCCUAUAUUAGAACUUUCUUGUUCAGAUGUCUCUUUUAUCCAAAUAGAAGCCAAAGUGUUGAUAUUUCCUGCAGCGGUAAUUCCAUUUCUGAUUAUUAUGAUAUCUUAUGUCUAUAUUGUCAAUGCAGUUUUGAACAUUUCAUCAUUUUUAGGAAGACAAAAAGCUUUUUUCACCUGCACUUCCCACCUGACUGUUGUGUGCUUUUAUUAUGGGACACUGAUGGCUGUGUAUGUGUUCCCAGCUUCAUUGCGGUCUCUGUUGUUUAAUAAAAUUUUUACUAUGAUCUAUGCCGUUGUGACACCAUCGCUAAACCCACUCAUCUAUACCCUGAGGAACAAAGAAAUCCUGGAGGCAUUGACAAGUCUUACAAACCAACUGACCUGCUCUUCAUGGGGCCACAUCUAA